AUGUCUGAAGAGCCUCAAAAAAUCAAUAGACCUCCUUUCCCUCCACGCUCACUCAAUUUCUCUGAAAUUGUUAAUGAAUCUUUAAGGAAGUACAAAACCGGAAAAAGUUCAAAAACCCCAAACGCAUACCUUUUAUAUCGUAAGGAGUAUACAGCUACGUUUAAAAGUUCUAAUCUUGGGCAUAUUUCGACGCUAUCGAGUGAAGCGUGGAAUUCCGAACCGCAUGAAAUAAAACUGGCAUACAAAAAAUACGCAGAACAAAUUAACGAGAUUGUGAGAAAAGAAAUGCCGUACUGUUUUGUCGCCAGCAAAGCCGAUCGAAGUUUAGAAAACUCUGACGACGAUUUCGAAACCGUGAAUCAAUCGAAUCAAAUGAAUCGAAAUCAAAUAAUUAUGUCGAAUCAAAUAACUCGAAGUAAUACAAACACAAACGAAGUAACGAUUGUUGUAGUACCACAUACUAAUUAUCGAAUGAAAUUGCAAAAUUUAUAUUGGUUUAACCGUUUAACAUCACAUACAAUAAUCGCUCGUAUAGAUUCGUCGAAAACCUUUGCUAAAGACGAAGCUCUUUGGGAAGAAUAUGAACAUGAAUAA